AUGAAUAGAAAUUUGUGGCAUUCACCUCCAAGCAAUAUUCAAGGCUUCAGACUUCUCAACAUACCAAGGGGGGCUGGAAUCACCCUGGGAGCACUUUACCCAUUAAACCUGGGCUGUCCAAUUUGGUCUGAUUCAGUUUGUUGUGACGGCGGAGAGGCCUUCAGCAGGCCUAAAACUUAUCAGGAAUUAGAUAAACUAGAGAGGACAAUAGGAUGGAGAAGCAGGCUAGUGAUUAGAAUAAGGUGUGGGAAUGGCCCGCAUGGGUUUGACUUUGGAGAAAAGGUUCAGAACCUUCCUGUAGGUGGCUCCCAGUCCACUAAUGAGAGUCAAGGCCAUCAGUAUGCUGUAUUCCUGUUAGAUAUUAUGAGCUCCAGGGAAGCUCCUUAUUAUUGUGUCCCAGUGAUCAGGAGUUUGAAAAUCGGGGCCAACUGGGUACCCCUGAGGAAUGCAUGGUGGACUCCUGACACUUCCCAAGGUGUCUUCUUCCGGUACCUGCAGGAGGUGCACUUCUCUGAGGAGCCCCGCCGCCCAGAUGAGAGUGACGCGCACCAACUCCAAACUCCGUGCCGGAAAGCUUCAUCCCAGCCCCGGGGAAUGAGUAGCGGGGGCGGCGCUCGGCUUCCCCCGCAGCGGGUCCGGAGCCGGCCGCCCUCCACUCCCGCUGCCCGCAGCCUGGAACCCCGCAGCCACCGGCCCCUGGCUGAACACAAGCCCACGAGCUGCCAAGCAGGGCGCAGCCAUGGGAAGAGGAGGCGGUCUAGGGAGCGGCGGCACCGGCGGAGGCGGCUGCUACAGCGGCGGUGGUGGCGGCGACGGCUGCUGCUGAGCCCCGGCGACCGCGGGGACCCCGGGCUGGGGCCACGCGGGCCUGAGGCCUCGGCGCCAGCGGCCCCCGCGAGGACGCGAACCCGCGCUCUGUCUCCCGAGCCGAAGCUCCGAGGUCUCACAGGUAUGGAUCUUUGGCGGGUGCUCUUAACCUUGGCACUGGCAGUCUCCAGCGACACCUUUUCUGGAAAUGAGGCUACACCAGCUACUCUUGGCAGAGCUUCCCCAAUUCUGCAAAGAAUUAAUCCAAGCCUGGAGACAAAUUCUUCUGGGAAGCCUCAAUUCACCUCGUGCCGUUCACCUGAACUGGAGACUUUUUCAUGCUACUGGACGGAAGGAGACCAUCAUAACUUAAAGAUCCCAGGAUCUAUACAGCUAUUCUAUGCUAGAAGAAUCGCUCAUGAAUGGUCCCAGGAGUGGAAAGAAUGCCCUGAUUAUGUCUCUGCUGGAGAAAACAGCUGUUACUUCAACUCCUCGUAUACCUCCAUUUGGAUACCCUACUGUAUCAAGCUAACUACAAAUGGUGACUUGUUGGACGAAAAGUGUUUCUCUGUUGAAGAAAUAGUGCAACCUGACCCACCUGUUGGCCUCAACUGGACUGUACUGAACGUCAGUUUGACCAGGAUUCACGUAGACAUCCAUGUGAGAUGGCAGCCACCACCCAGUGCAGACAUUCGGAAGGGAUGGAUAGCUCUGGAGUACGAAGUUCAAUUCAAAGAAGUCAACGAAACCAAGUGGAAAGUGACACGCCCCCUAAAGACAACAUCAUUUCCACUGUACUCACUGAAACUGGAAAAGGAAUAUGAACUGCGUGUGAGAUGCAGACCCCACAACUUUGAAAAGUACAGCGAGUUCAGUGAGGUGCUUUAUAUAACAUUUCCUCAGUUGAACGCAUUGACAUGUGAGGAAGAUUUCCAGUUUCCAUGGUUCUUAAUUAUUAUCUUUGGAAUAUUUGGAGUAGCAGUGAUGCUGUUUGUAGUGAUUUUUUCAAAACAGCAAAGGAUUAAGAUGCUGAUUUUACCCCCAGUCCCAGUGCCAAAGAUUAAAGGAAUUGAUCCAGAUCUUCUCAAGGAGGGAAAAUUGGAGGAGGUGAACACCAUCUUAGGCAUUCAUGAUAACUACAAGCCUGACUUCUACAAUGAUGACUCCUGGGUUGAGUUUAUUGAGCUAGACAUCGAUGACGCAGAUGAAAAGACUGAAGGGUCAGACACAGACAGACUCCUAAGCAAUGCCCAUGAGAAAUCACUCGGCGUCCUUGGAGCAAAGGAUGACGAUUCUGGACGCACCAGCUGCUAUGACCCUGACAUUUUUGACCCUGAUUUCCACACUAGUGACGUGUGUGAUGGUACCUCAGAGUUGGCUCAGCCACAGAAGUUAAAAGAGGAAGCUGAUCUCUUGUGCCUUGACCAGAAGAAUCUAAAGAACUCGCCUUAUGGUGCUCCCCUCGGCUCUCUGCACCCCUGCAUUACUCCAACAGCGGAAGACAAACCACAGCCACUUCUGAGGAGUGAAACUGAGUCAACCCACCAACCUGCCUCCACCCAGAUGAGCAAUCCCGCUUCACUGGCAAACAUCGACUUUUAUGCCCAAGUAAGCGACAUUACACCAGCAGGCAGUGUGGUCCUGUCUCCAGGCCAAAAGAGUAAGGCGGGGAUGGCCCAGUGCAACACGCAGCCGCAACCUCAGGUAGCUGCGCCCUGCCAAGAAAAUUACAACCUGAACAGUGCCUACUUCUGUGAGUCAGAUGCCAAAAAGUGCAUCACUGUGACCCCUCACUUGGAGGCCACGCCAUGUGUAAAACCAAGCUUUAAUCAAGAGGACAUUUACAUCACCACAGAAAGCCUUACCACUACUUCCCGGAUGUCCGAGACAGCAGAGCUUGCUCCGGAUGCUGAAAUGCCUGUCCCAGACUAUACCACGGUCCACACCGUGCAGUCUCCACGGGGCCUUAUACUCAACGCAACUGCUUUGCGUUUGCCUGAGAAAAAGAAGUUCCUCUCCUCGUGUGGCUAUGUGAGCACAGACCAACUGAACAAAAUCAUGCAGUAGCCUUUCCUAUCUUUAGCCACAAAGAAAUGGCUGGACAUGAAUGCCUAAACCAAAACCAUGUUUUAAAUCUGUGUUGGGAGAGUAUGAGGGUGCGUGUGGAUUCUAAAACACCUUUUCCGGAAACAUUUAUCACAAAGUGGAAAAUCAAGAAUGCUUAAUCAGAUAGAUACUCCCAUUGUGAAUUAUAAAUAUUUUAAAGGAUCGUCUCUAAGACUGCUUAGUGGCAGUGAUUGUCUGUAUUGUGGGUCUUAAUUUUGUGAUACUAAGCAUUAAAUAAUUAGCUAUGUUUUUCAUGUAUGUAAAUCAUGCUUUUUGAAAAAGCAAACCAAUCAGGUGGCUUUUGCAGUUCAGGAAAUCGAAUGCAGAUUACAGCACAGGCUCAUUUCUUUUUCUUUUUUAAAUAACUGGGAACUAAAAUUCUAGGUGAGACAGUAAGGCUAGUUUGGAUAUGUAAAACAUUUAUUUUGGCAUAAAACUGAUAAGAGAUAUUUUUAAUAAUUUACACUUUAAGCAUGGCUAUUUUCUAAUAUACUAUACACGUAUUGUAGUUCACAACAAUCCAUCCAAGGAUGUAGCAACUACAGCAUAAAGAGGGUUUAACGCUUUGGUCAAUGAACCUAAAUAAAAACAAACAAGUUAGAUUUUUACAAAGCCCUUUUUAUAACUCCCAAAAUUUCUUAAAUCUAAAAUGUCUAAUAACCUGCAUUAUUGGAACAAACUCAUUUUAAAUGUUUAAAUGAAUAUUUUUUAAUUUAUAAAACUUAAAAUUUUUUAUACAGAUCAACAUAUCACACACCAAGCAAGAACAGAAAUGAUAUUAAUGAAAGACACACUUUUUUCACAAAAUUUAAGUUCAAGCCACAGGGCUCCAUGCUGAGAAGCUGAAGGGAUGGUAGUGUUAUUGGCUAGGAUGUGGAAGAGCUGUAGAAGCUUGUGGAGCGGGGUUUUGAGAGCCCAGGGAUCCGGAGAAGGAGGCUCCCCAACAUGUACAGCACUGUCUCUUCAAACGUAGCUCAGUUUUUAUAGUAACCUAAGAAUUAAUACCUACAAAGAGAAAUUCACCUGUUGAAGCACAUUGGCUACAGUUAACCAGGUAAUAGACUAGAAAAUUAAAGGCCUAGAUCUUUGUCUCACAGCCAGGCACAUACUUCGAAUCCAUGGCAAAAAGGGACAGAAUAAAUGAGUCUCUGAUUACAAAGGACAGCUCAGAAUUAACUAAACAAGUAGCAGACACUUUAUCGUCAAACCUUUUAUAAGGUGUAUUUUAAGUAGGAAGAAGAGACUCAUCACUUCUUAUUCACCUCCCAUGAAGACUGGUCUAAGACAAGGUGGAAAAACACACAAUAUGAAAAAAAAAUCCCUCUUUGAUUCCUGAAUAACAUAAACAUAAUUUUUAGGUUAGCCCCCUGUCAGUCCACUGAAGAAUACUUCUCAUUUUAAGUAUUGUUUUUCGAAGCUUGAAACUUUAAAGUUACCUUUAACUUUUCAUGGUAUUUACCAUUUUGCUCAGACCUUUGUGGGGAAACAUGCUUAAUGUUUAGUGGUUUUCAAUUCUCCUUCGUGCAGGGGAAAUAGUGACAGUCUAGGCUUGGGUGUUUACGGUUCACUGUGUUACUUUAUAAUAGAUUUUAAUAGAUUUUUUUCCUGCUACCUUGCUGCUAUGGUUCCUCCAAUGGCUACAUGAUUUAGUUCAUAAGAAAUAUCGUCAACUUAGAAUCUAUUCAGCUUACAGACGUGUGUUUUGAUGAACUAUCUUACCAUUUCACCAUAGGUUGACCAUAUCUCUAUAGCCAAAAAAAAAUAGCUAAAUACCUCAAUCAGUCCCAGAAUGUCAUUUUUUGGUACUUUGCUGGCCACACAAGCCAUUAUUCACAGUAUGACUAGUUGUGUCCUGCAAUCUAUAUUUAACUUUCUUUUAUGUCUGUGGAUUUUUUUCCCUUCAAAGUUCAAUAAAUUUAUUUUCUUGGA